CAUUUCCGCUUCCGACGCAGCGAACGGCCGCUCGACGCCCUAGAGCGGACUGGAGGGAGCGCAGACAUGGCGGCGGUUCUCGGAAAGGUCACUCGGGGGAUGGCGGCGGCUCCGGUUCCCCGGGCCGGGCUGAGGAGGCUCCUGUCGGCGGCGGUCUCCGUCGCCUCGGAGCACAAAAAAAGUUCCGCUCGGAUGUGGAAGAUCCUGUCCUACACCGUUGCGUUUCCUGGCGUUGCGGUCUGCAUGCUGAAUGCCUACUUGAAGGGCAAAGAAAAGCACGAAAGGCCGGAAUUUGCUCCUUAUCCCUAUCUUCGCAUCCGGACUAAGCCUUUCCCUUGGAAAGAUGGGAAUCACACCCUUCUACAUAAUCCCCAUACUAACCCACUCCCAGAUGGCUAUGAAGACGAGCUGUAGGAAAGGAUGGACCAUCAGAAAGGUGAUUGUGGACCACUGAAGUUAGCUGGACCAGAAUCAAAGCCGGGACCCACAAUAUAAAGGUUUUACAUUCCUUCUUCUGUCUGGCUGUGAAAGGCAUUCUGACCUCUGGCGGUCUGUGUUUGACUAGAGGUCACCUAUAAUAAACAUUAAACAAGAUUCCCUCCAAA